ACUGCGAUGAUCAUUCUUCACUUUCAAAAGUAAUCAAAUCUGACUACAGUAUUUAACAAAAACAUUUUUUAGAAAACAGUCUCUUAAAUUUGUGUUAAUUUUACGUUAUCAGUUUGUCCCCAUGAUCACGUACGCGUUGGUUAACGACACUCUCUAUGCAGUGAAGGAAGCCUUUGAGCAGCCGAAAGUCGAGGAGAUCUUGAAAUCAAGAAUUAAGAAUUGCUUUGAACCUGGAAGGCGGUCUACAUCAAGCGCAAGAGCACUGCUUAAAAUUUUAAACGAAAAGGUUAAGUUUAACGGAGUUUCAGGAAUAGUAGCCUUUGAUAACAAGACGCAAAGCCGGCAGGUGGAGAGACUGGAUAUCAUGAACGUUCAGGAACAAGAGAAAAAUGGCAAUACAAAACCUGUGUUAAUGAAUGUUGGUCACUGGAGCGCAAACAACGAAAAAACAGCGAACAAGCCAGUUCAACUGAACAGCUUGGAGGACUCCAUCGAUUGGACUGGGGAUUUCUGGGAGGAGUUACAGUGCUUAAGGAAGCAAUCUAAGAAGAAGCCUUUGAAAGGACAGCAUCUAAAAAUUGUCACUAUCGAGGACUCACCAUUUUGUGUGAAGAUAGCGAACCACACAGAAGGCAAACCACAAUACGAAGGAUUCAGUAUCGACCUUCUUGAGAAAAUAAAAGAGAGGAUGGGUUUCAGUUACACCCUCACAACUUCCAAAGAUGGAAAAAUGGGUUCCAAGGACGCAGCUGGAAACUGGAACGGACUCAUAGAAUAUAUCGUGAACAAGAAAGCAGACGUAGCCAUAGGAGCAAUAACUAUUUCAGCUGCAAGAGAACUGUAUGUCGACUUUAGCAAGCCUUUCAUGGACUUUAAAGUCAGCUUGUUGAUGCAGAAGCCAAAGAAAGAAGACGUCAACCUGUUUGUAUUUUUGCAGCCUUUUGAAAGAGAUGUUUGGCUUUCCACCAUUGCCGUUGUAAUAGCCAUCACGUUCCUCAUCUUCUGCUUGGACCACUUCAGUCCCAGUGGCUACCGGGCGACAGCCGCCAGAACUGGCGAAGGGGAUGGUGACGAACUCAACCUGUUCAACAGUCUGUGGUUCGCGGCAGGCUCUAUUCUGCAGCAAGGUGCUGACAACACUCCAAGGUCUGCCUCUGGAAGGAUGCUGGGUGGAGCAUUCUGGUUUUUCACAUUGAUUUUGAUUUCUACUUACACUGCUAACUUGGCGGCCUAUUUCACAGCCAAAAACACAAAAAGCAGCAUCAACUCUCUGGAAGACUUGGCCAAACAAAAAGAAAUUAAAUAUGGAGUGUUAAACGGAGGUUCGCUGUACACUUUCUUCAGCCAGUCACAGGUGGGGACCUAUCAAACCAUGUUUCAUACGAUGAGCACCGGCAACACGUUUGUCAACUCGACAAAAGAGGGCGUGGAGAAAGUGAGACAGGGUGGCUUUGCUUACUUAACCGACGGGCCGUAUCUCGACUAUUACAACAGUCGAAAUCCCUGUAAUACCAUGAUGCUGGAGAAUUUGCUUGAGGCUAAGAGUUAUGGCAUUGCACUGCAACGAAAUUCGGAACUGACCAAUCAAUUUUCCGUCGCAAUACUUAAGCUGCGCGAGGAAGGUGUCGUGGAGAAGCUCCGAGAGAAAUGGUGGGAUCAUCGCAGUGAGUGUCCAGACCCCAAAGCAAAGGUUAGCAGCACGCCUAUGAGCAUCUCAUUGGAUCACAUGUCUGGUGUGUUCAUUGUGUUAGCAGGAGGAAUCGUUGUGUCAAUAGUGUUUCUGAUGGUAGAAAGAAGAUACAACAACCUGAAGGAACAAGUCAACAACAGCGGGUCAAUGGGGAGUGUGGGAGAGCAGAUGGACAAACCAACCGUGGUGACUCGAGUCAAUCCCAGGCCCCUCUCAGACCAAGGAUUCGAGACCAAAACUAUUAACAACACUGACAAUCGAAGGAAAAUGGACAUGAAGGACGGAGCCCGGGCACGAGACAGCUUGAAUGUUCCCAGAAUGCCCAGCAGGCUUCCAAAUAUUUACGCCGGUGCACCAGAAAGUAAUCUGUGAAUGGACGCAGCGAACCCUCGUCAAUCGAGGUUUUAGUGGCCCGUUGGUUCCAUUCUGCGUCGAUCACGACUGGAGAAAUUAUAUUUUGAAU